CAUGCGCUCCGCCGCCUUCCGCGCGGCGGCCGAGCGGGCGAGCGCGAGCGGCCGGGCCCGGCGGCCGAGCGGGAGGAGGGCGCCGCGCCACCGCCGCCGCCGCCGCCGCGGGAGCCGCCGCCGCUGGGGGCACACAAGGGCCGCGGCGGCGCGGCGCCGGGCUGGGCCGCGCUGGUGCCGCCGGGCGCGGGGGAUGCCAGCGGCCGGCCGCGCUGCCAGGCGGGGCCGCCGGGGCACAGCGCCGCCGCCGCCAAGGAGAGCCCCGGCCCCGGCCCCGGCCCCGCCGCCGAGCCCGGGUGGCGGAGGCGGCGCGCGGCGGGCGCCAUGGGCGCCGGUGGCGGCGCGCCGGGCCAGGCCGCCUGCCUGCGGCAGAUCCUGCUGCUGCAGCUGGACCUCAUCGAGCAGCAGCAGCAGCUCCAGGCCAAGGAGAAGGAGAGCGAGGAGCUCAAGGCCGAGCGCGACACGCUCCUGGCGCGCAUCGAGCGCAUGGAAAGGCGGGUGCAGCUGGUGAAGAAGGACACCGAGCGGGAGAAGCACCGGCUCUUCCAGGGCUUCGAGGCGGACGAGAAGGCCGAGGCGGAGGCGUGCGAGAAGCUGCCGCUGGAGUGUCCGCAGGAGCUGCUGGAGCCCGCGCCCGCCCUGCCGCCCAAGCACUUCCCCUACGGCCGCAACGGGAAGGGCCACAAGAGGAAGCCGGCGUUCGGCAGCGCCGAGCGGAAGACGCCCGUGAAGAAGCUGGUGUCGGAGUUCUCCAAGGUGAAGAGCAAAGGCCUGAAGCACUCUCCGGGCAAGGAGGAGUCGAGCGGCUCGCUGCCCGAGACUGUUUGCAAACGCGAACUGCGGAGCCAAGAGACUCCCGAAAAGAGCCGGGCGCCGCUGGACGCCCCGCUGCGGCCCUCCGCCCCGCUCAAGGGCCCCGGCGCCCCCCCCAAGGAGAAGGGCCUCUGCGGCGACGCCGAGGACCUGCCCUACCUUGCCACCACGGAGAUGUACCUGUGCCGCUGGCACCAGCCGCCCCCGUCGCCGCUGCCGCUGCGAGAGCCCUCCCCGAAGAAGGAGGAGACCGUAGCGAUCCCGUCGUGGAGGGACCAUGUCGUGGAGCCCCUGAGGGACCCCAACCCCUCCGACCUGCUGGAGAACCUGGACGACAGCGUGUUCUCCAAGCGGCACGCGAAGCUGGAGCUGGAUGAGAAGAGGAGGAAAAGGUGGGACAUCCAGAGGAUCAGGGAACAGCGAAUCCUACAGCGGCUGCAGCUCCGGAUGUACAAGAGGAAAGGAAUCCAGGAGUCGGAGCCCGAAGUUACCUCAUUUUUCCCUGAGCCAGAUGACGUGGAGAGCUUGCUGAUCACCCCCUACCUGCCCGUCGUCGCCUUCGGCCGGCCGCUACCAAAACUGACUCCGCAGAAUUUCGAGCUGCCCUGGCUGGACGAGCGGAGCCGCUGCCGGCUGGAGAUGCAGAAGAAGCAGACGCCUCACCGGACGUGCCGGAAAUAGCCGGGCCCACGGCGCUGGGGCGCGGGCCCUGCCCUCCUGUGCCGCCCCGGCGCGGGCGGCUUCCUUCCCUCCGUGCGCCCGUUCCGUUCUCUUGGGUUCUUCGACGUUUUCACAGACUCUUUCCCCAACCGACUGCUUUGAGCUGGGGCUGUUCUGGUUUUAUUCCUCCUCCCUCGACAGCAGGUUCUCCGGCGUUACCCGCAGCCGCGGGGCCCGGAGCAGCCUUGGAGCCGCCCCGGGGGGGCAUGUGGCCCCCUUGUUCCCCCCCCCCCCCCAACCCCCCCCGGCCGCCGACCCUCCUCCAGGCAGCCGGACCACGGCAGUGGGGCUGGAGCGCAGGAAUGGCCGGAGCCGGCGGCCGUGCACCGCCCCCCCCGCUCGGCCGGGCUGCCGCCGCGGCGAGGCUUUUGCCAGCUAACGUCUCCUUUUUCCUUUUUUCCUUUUUUUUGUUGUUGUUGUUUUUGUUUCUCCCGCCCCCUCUGGAAUGGCUGUGACAGGCUCGGAGGGGGGAGCUGAAAAAACAAAACAAAAAGCAAAACUUUUUUUUGUGAAAUAGAAAUUCUAUACGCACAACUUCGGUUCUUUUUUUUCCUUUUUCUUUUUUAAUUUAAGUGUCGUGGGGACGGCACUGGCCGGAGCCCCGGGGGGGUCUGGCCCCCCUCCCUCGCGAGGGCCGUUCCCGGGGGCUGCGGUGAGCAUGGUCGCAUGUGUCCUCCCCGCGUUCCUGCGCGCGGAGCCGAAACAUUAAAGGAGCAAAACGUGA